AUGUGCAGGCUCUUCGGGGUUCGGAACAUCAUGAAGCUCAUCGAGAAUAUUAGCUUUCGGCAGCGGGUCAUCGCCUUGAAGAUCAUCGUUUUCCAAUCCAAUAUGAGGGUGUUUGAUCCGGUGGGCGGUUGUUGUAAGUACAUACUCGAUUUGAACAUGCAGAUCGCUCGAUACCGGGCCGAGCUUGACCUCGUGAACCAACAACUAACCGUUUGUAAAGCGCCGUCGUCGAUGUUUGCUCAACCGCAACCGGUGCAGAAACAAAAGCAAGUGGUGGCGGUGGAAAACGGCGGUUUUUAUGUAUUCGGUUCGAUUAGUGCGAUGGGGAGAGUUCUGCGAAAUGAAUCUGCUCCAGAGGAGAUUCAUCCUUCACAGGGCUCUGAGGCUCGAAAUGAGCGACACUAA